AUGCAUUUAUGGCCGUAUAGAAUGUUUAUACACACUUUGAGCGCUUCUACUCUUUCCUUUCUUUCUUUGAGACCGUCACACAAUGUUUCUUACUUUCUACCUCUCUCUCUCUGUCUAGUUUGGUUGAAUCGUGAAACUGAAAGUCACUUUGUCCACGAUAUCUAUCUAUCUAUCUAUCUAUCUAUCACCAAAAUGGACACGAUGUUUAAAAGGAUUAUCUAUCUAUCUAUCUAUCAAAAUUGCAAGCCCUUCUCCAUUAUUAACGCAAUCACUCCUUCCUGUUUUCUUUUUGUUUUGCUCUCUCUCCUUUUUCACCUCUUUCUUCUUGGAAAGAGACAGACACUACCUUUCCUUCUCUUCUCAGCUUACCUUCUCUUUCGGGAAGAUGCGGUAAUACUGCUCUCCCAUCUUUUCUUUGCCGUCACUCCAGAUUGGCGGGAAGUUAUCCUGUCCUUCUGUCGAGCCACCCAGCCUCUUGCUUAUUUGGCUGUUAAUUUCUACCUUUUAUAUUUUGUUUAUGUGGCAACUCCUCUGUGGGCUGCUACAUGUGUCUAUUUUUUUCUUUCCUUUUUUUCCUUUUUUAAAAUUUUUUCAUAUCUUUUAACUUUUUCUUUGUUUUUUUUUCUUUCUUCAUUUUUCGUUAAUGUUUUUACUUUGGAUUUUUUUCUUUUUUUCCGCUUAUUCUUUUUCAUAUUUCUUUUUUUCUUUCUGUCAUUCAUUCAUUCAUUAUUUCUUUCAUUCUCUUACUAUUUUUUUUCCUUUUUUUUUGUUUCUUUAAUUCUUUUGUUUUUUCUUUAUUUUUCUUUCUUUUUAGCCUCCAGUUUUCCUUAUUUCAUUCUUCAUUUUCUAACCAUUUCAUUCAUGUUAAUUUCAUUUACUUAA